UGGUCUCGGUUCAGGCUGUCGCAACGUUUUCUUCUCUUUGUUUCACAUGAAAAGUUCUGAUGACCAAACUGUGACCGCAUCCAACCGGAUUAAAACCGGGUUAAAACCAGAUUAAAGGCGAAGAGCCAGCAGCACCCGGACCCAGAGCAGGACCCUGAGCGGAUAAGAGGAGACUGUACUCCGCUUCAGGUUUGGUUUUUGGGAGUUUGGAUCAGAAUCCGGAUCAUGGGUCAGUAGGACGGACGGACUUUGUGGAAACUUUUUUAUGUCUCCAUGAAGAUGAGAAUUUUUCCCGUCAGUUGAGGAGUUGCUAACACUCUGAUUGAGUAUCGAUACCCUGUAUUGAUCGUGUAUUGAUCGUGUAUUGAUCAGCGGGAUGGCUGUACUCCUUCUGCUCCUGCUUGCGUUCUGGACCUGCGGACACGCCAAAAGCGCGUUCCCACUGCGACCCUCCUACAGCCUUUAUGCCAGCGGGAACGCGCACGGAGCCCGCGCCACCAGCAGACACAGGAACUGGUGUGCGUUCAUGGUGACAAAGACGGUGAGUUGUGUAGUCGAGGAUGGAGUUGAAACCUACGUGAAACCUGAUUAUCAUCCCUGCAGCUGGGGGAGCGGACAGUGCAGCAGGGUGGUGGUCUAUCGGACCUACAUGAGGCCGCGGUACAAAGUGGCCUACAAAAUGGUGACGGAGAUGGAGUGGAAGUGCUGCCAUGGUUACAGCGGAGAGGAUUGCACCAAUGGUCCAGUUGGUGGAGCAGGACCCCAGAUCUCUACCACCAGACCUCAACCCAGACCGGGACAAGGAGGGGGGGUGAACCAUGGACAAGGGGGAGGAGGUUAUGGUCAAGGAGGCAGCAGUUCUGGAUCUGGACAGAGCGCAGGAAACAGUGGUGAGAGGGAGAAGAUGAGGCAGCUAGAGGAGAAGAUCCAGAGCCUGACCAAGAAUCUCCAGGACCUGCAGUCCACCCUGAAUACCAUGAAUGAACGCUUCCAGCAAGAGGCCAACAAUCAGGGCUUCAGCGGAGGAGGAGGAGGAGGUGGCUUGUCGGGAGGACGAAACCCUGCUGAUGCAGCUCAGCCAGAGAUUAAAGAGACGAUUCACAGCAUUCAGACCAAACUGGACCAACUGGACAACCGCACACAGGCUCAUGAUAAAACCCUGGUCAGCAUCAACAAUCACCUGGUGAAUGGGAAAGGUAAUGAGCUGGAUGGAGGUCUGUCUGGAGGAGGACUGAGUGGAGGGAGGCUGAACUCACUGAAGGAGGAGAUCUUGAGGGAGUUGGAGAGGAGAGUGUCACUGUCCUGCUCCUCUUGUCAGGCCGGUGUGGAGGAUCUGCGCCGACAACAGCUGGAGGACCGAGAGAGGAUUCGAGCUCUAGAGAAGCAGGUGAAUGCCAUGGAUGUUCAGUAUCGACAGGGCCUAGAAGGGGCACAGCGGAAUAUAGUGCAUUUGCAGGGAUGCUGCGACACCUUCACUGACCUCCAAAACCGCAUCACUGACGCUGAACGCAAGAUCAGCUUGGCCUCAGAGAACUUCGAUGUUCUGCAGAACCGCCUGGACAAGGAGCUUAGUGGAGGAAGAGGUGGUGGCAGCAGCAGCAGCAAUGAGAACAGUGGGUCCAGAGGAGGAGGUUUUGGUGGUGGCAGUGGAAUGGGCGGAGGUGGAAGGGAUGCUGUGGUGACGGAGGAUAUGUUGGACAAUCGGUUGAGGGACCUGGAGUGGCGGGUUAACAACACUAUGCAGCAAACUGAGCAGAGCUGCUCAUACCUGGAGAAUGACCUGAAAGACUACUUCCAUAAAGAACUGGGGGAUCUGAGGACCGUGUUCCUGGACCGGUUCGAUGACCAGGCCUUCAGGAUUGCAGAUGUGGAGCUGGAUGUGGGACUGGUGAAGGACAGCGUGAGUGAUCAUGACAAGAGGCUGUUGAAGCUGGAAAACAACACCUCCCUCAUGAACCAGAGACUGGAGAAGUGCAGCUGUGGAGGGCCUGAAGGAGGAGGAGGAGGAGGUGGUGACCGAGGAGAUGGGGGAAGGUGGGGAGCAAGGUGGGGAGCAGAGAUAGGGGAAGGAGGAGGAGGAGGAGUAAUUACAGGAGGAGGGAGUAGGGGAGGUACAGGGGGAGGAUUAUCCGGGAUGGGAGGAGAAAGAGAAAAUACAACAGAGAAAUCACUGGAGUGGAGAGUGGUGGCCAACGAGGAUCAGAUUCGACAUUUCAACACUCGACUAAAAGACCUGUCGGUGUCUGGAGACUCUCUUUACGACAAGGUUUUGGACCUGAGCCAUGAUGUCCGUAAGAUCAAGGCUCUGACGGGUGAUCGUGGUGAACACUUCAACCGAAUUGUGACGGAGGUGGAACUGCUGGGGCAGGAUUGUGAGCUGUGUGGGAAGGUGGAGGACGCGCUGCGUUGGCUGAAGAAUCACUCCCAGGACGCACUGGAGCGCAUGCAGAGUCACAUAAACAGACUCCAGAUCAGACUGGAUUCAGAGAGAGACGGCUGCUUCCAGAUCUGUUCACAUCUGCAGGAUGAAGUCCGCCUGCUGCGAGAUGACGUCAGGAGGUGCACCGACAAAUGUGCAGGGUCUGGUAGCACUCGUGGCACUGGUGGUAGUGCUGGUACUAGUGGACGUGGAACAGGGUUGGAUGCUGAGAAGCCUUUAGACGGCCACAGUGUGAUCGGAGGCUCAGUCAACAACAAUCAGCUGAAGACACUGCAAGGUGAACUGUCUGAGGUCAUCCUCACCUUCAGCUCCAUCAAUGACACCUUGAAAGGGCUUGAACACACGGUGCAGAAACACGGCAGUGUCAUCACCGACCUCGGAAACACCAAGGAUAAAAUAAUCUCUGAGCUGGACAAAAUCCAGCAGGAGGUGACGGAGCACAUUGAGGAGAGCCGGGACCGUCUGGAUGGAACGGACCGUGACAUCCGGCGGUUUGAGAGCACACUGCUGGUGGAGAUGGGAGACUGUAAGAGGUCUGGAGACGGGCUGGAGAAGAGGCUCUCAAAGCUGGAGGGGGUCUGUGGGAGGCUGGAUGGCGUCUCAGACUCCAUCCACAAGAUCAAGGACGGACUGAAUCGACACGUGUCGAGUUUGUGGUCAUGUGUCUCUGGUCUGAAUGACUCAGUCAUCCAUCAUGGAGGAAUCCUGGACUUUAUUCAGAAGAACCAGGAUGACGUCCACAGCAGGAUGAAGCACCUGAAUUCGAGUGUGAACCAAGUUCUCAAAGACCUUCAGAGUUUCUCUGAGAAUGACCUGACCGGCCUUCCUGGUCCCCCUGGACCCCCAGGAGAAAGAGGCUUCAAUGGACUGCCAGGUCCCCAGGGGCCCUCUGGACCUCCUGGACGACAAGGAGAGAGUGGAGCACGAGGUCUGCCCGGUCCCAAAGGUGAACCAGGUAUGCCUGGUGCUGAUGCUCAUGUAACCAGACUGUCAUUCUCUGCUGCCCUCACUGUUGCCAUGGACAGAGCUGGAACCAUCGUCUUUGACAAGAUCUUUGUCAAUGAAGGAGACUUUUACGACCCAAGAACAGGUAUUUUCACUGCCCCUGUAGACGGACAUUACUUCUUCAGUGCCAUCCUGACAGGCCAUAAGAAUGAGAAGAUCGAGGCAGUUCUGUCAAAGUCUAACUAUGGCAUGGCCCGGGUGGACUCUGGAGGAUACCAGCCUGAAGGCCUAGAGAACAACCCUGUGGCUGAGGCUAAAACUACUCCAGGCUCUUUGGCCGUCUUCAGCAUCAUCCUGCCUCUGCAGACUCAAGACACAGUCUGCGUUGACCUGGUGAUGGGCAAACUGGCUCACUCUGUGGAGCCUCUCACCAUCUUCAAUGGCAUGCUGCUUUAUGAAGACAUGUGAAAGGUUGGUCCUGUCGUCUGAAAACCGAUGAUGCCAGAGAACCUGAACAACACCGUCAGGAAGCGGCAACAUGAAGUGAAUGUCACUUCCUCAUUCAAAGUGACCCAGAAGUGAUGACAGAAUAUUUUAAACGAACCUUCAGUCCUGAACAGAUUUGUCUCCAUGUUCUUCCCAGGAAUCUGUUUGACUGGUUUAAUGUUAUUGUUCUUUAGAGUCUAUAUGUCUCUUCACAUGUGGACAACAGCAGGAGUCGAAUAACUUUCUGACUGCUUUAAUCCAAAGCAACAGAAAAUCAGUUGAUGCCUGACAGACCUGCUUCCUGCUGAUGCUGCUUCAAACUUUUAAACGUUUUGGAAGCACAUGACCUCCUGUGGUGAAAAAUUACAGUAUUAACAGUCUGUAUUGAUGUUACUGAUCCCUACAGGCCACAGAGCUCAUUACAGCCAAUACAUUUUUUAUUAAUUCUUUGAGUCUGAACAGUAGUAGAGCUAAAACUGUACAAUUUGUCCUUGGGGCUGGCGCUACAGAAAAGACCAUGGAGUCAUUAACAUCUAAAAGGUUUUAUCCUCUGAAGAGCAAGGACAAGAUCAGGACGUAUAUCAAUUGUCUGAUUGGUAGAUGUUUAGAUAUCAGUCCAUUAUUGUUGAUCUGAUUGGUAGAUGUUUAGAUAUGUCUGUUAUUGAUGAGCUGAUUGUUAAAUAUUUAGAUACCUGUUUUUUAUUGAUGAUCUGACCAGGAGAUGUUGAGAUAUUUGGUUGUGGAUCAAAGUGUUGGACAGACAAAUGGAUGCUCAUUGGUAUCCUUGAGCCCCGCCCUCAGCAGAUCAGAUGUUGUCAUGGCAACAUGUGACAGUGUAACUUUAAAUAUGAUGAGAAACAAAGAAAGCUUUUGCUUUAUAAAAGCAGAAUGUGUUUUCUAUUGAAUUUUAUAACGGAAGUGAAUUCACAUUGUGAGUGUUUUUAUAUUGAGCUGCACCUUUUCUUGUUUUUAUUUGUGUUAUGUCCUGCCGAGUAUUUAAGCCAAUUAACAAAAAUUUUACUUUUAUAGAGAAAUGUUAAAGGACAAGGCUGAAAAUAAUCAGAAUUUUCUUACUGUCAACAAAUCACAUUGAAAGACCAGGGGUGGAAGACAUAUUCAGAUCCUUUACUUUAAAGGUAGUAAUACCACACUGUAAAAAUACUGGGUUACAAAUAAAAGUCUUGCAUUUUAAAUGGUAUUUAAGUGAACAUACAGAAGUUUCUAUCACCUAAAUGUACUUAUGGUAUUUAAUAUAAAAGUACUUAAUGUAGAAAUAUAUCCAUCAUAAAAUAACAUUUUGGCAGAUUUCAUAUUUAUUAUUACUAUUAAUCAUAUGUUUUGUUCUUAUCAGUAAAGGAACCUGUAAAUCAUGCUGUCAGACAAAUGUAGUACAAUAGAAGUAUUAAAUAGCAGUUUAUAAAAUUAUUCAAGCAAACUGCAAGUACCUCAAAUUUGUACUUAAGCACAGUACGUGAGGAAUUGUACUUAGUUACAUUCCACUUGGAAGACUAAAACAACAAUCCAUAGUCCAUCUCUCAAGACUUUGACCACCUUACUUUUUCUGUGGCUCUCAGCUCCAAGCCCUUUGUUUCCUAAUGAAGACAUAAAUCUUAUAAACACCCUACAAAUAUAUAGUUUAAUCCAAAAAAGGGCUCAGUAAUUUACUAAAACAGCUACUCACUGUAGUUUAUAUCAAACAGGAAGAAACAGUGCAUUUGUAGGGGACAAUUUCCAGUGGCAGAAUAAUCC